GUGUGAUUGGUUUGCUAAUCUCUGACUAACUGUGCUUUAUUUCAAUGCAAUGGGAAACUUAAGAAUUAAAAUACGAAUAAAUAAUUAUUAUUUUAGUGACGCUUGACUACGGCAGGUGAUUUAUUCUUUAAUUGCUUAUUAUUUACGUGUUCCAAAAUGGGUCGCAAGCCAAACCCAACUUUGCGCAAUUUUUUUACAUUCCAUGUGGAAAGAAAUGUUUCGCAAUGUAAUAUUUGCAAAUUAAAUUUCUCAGGAAAUUAUGUGUGUAAUUUGAGGCGGCAUUUGCAUACCAUAAAAAUGAAUACGAAGCUGAAGUGGAUGCUAGUAACGUGGUCGAUAAACAAGUAAAGUUUUCAGUGACGAUGGGGAAAGAUGAAGCCAAAAAUGCGUGCAUCGAUUUGGUGAUGGUGGAAAAACUUCGUCAAGCCGUCCUUGAUUCGAAAGGCUUCCAGACGCUAACUUCUCAAAUUUUUAGAGGCUAUAACAUCGAGGAACAUAAUGGGCUUAGUCGAGGAAAAAUUCAACUGCAUUAAAAGUGAAAUGAAGGCUUAAAAAUGGAUACUGCCACUAGGUUAAAUCGGGAAUUCUCGGCGUUAGUGUGCAAUACAUGAACUGUGAUAAAAUCUGUAUUAAAACUUUAGGACUGAUUGAGCUAAAGGUUUCACACACAUCGCAAAAUAUUUGCAGUGAAAUUAAAACACUUUUAAAUGAGUGAGGCAAAAACAUGGUAAAGGCAGUCGAUAUUAUAAAUAGAUGCGAAGAAAGCCUAUAUAAUGAAGAAGUUACAACAAAUUUGAGAAUUCAUUCGAUUAGCUCCAUCAAAUGUGCUGCCCACACCCUUCAGCUUGCGGUUAAAGAUUUUAUGUUAAGCUUGGAAUCCGUUGAAGUUAUUGAGAAAGCGAGUAAAAUCGUUAAGCUUUUACGAACACCAUCAUUUAGGUAUUUAAUAGCAGAGGAAUCAUUACCACAGCCCGUACUCGAUGUUGCCACACGAUGGUGCUCAACAUAUCAGAUGUUGAAAAAACUCCAAACUUUUCAAAGUUUUUGUGAGAAGCAUCUCAAACCGUCGUUAAAGCUCACUUCGGGUGAUUGGGAUGAGAUAGGAGAACUCACUGAGACUUUCGAACCGGCCUUCAUAGCAACUGAAAAGUUGCAGAGCAGCCAAUUAUUCAUGGGCGAUUUUUAUAAGCUAUGGGUAGACCUUAAGCUUACGAUCACCGUAUCUAAAGCCACACACAGCCAAGUUUUAAGACAAUACAUCGAGGAUAGGGAAGAAAGUUUGUUUGCAAAUAAUGCUGUUCUGUGUAGCAUUUACUUGGAUCCUCGUAUUCGGAGAGUGCUGUUGCAAAAGCCACUGAGCCUUAUGUUGGCCAGACCACAGCUUAAGGGACUGUUAGCUCAAAUUUUCAAUAUAAAAAAAGUAUGAAUCCAAUACCUAGGACUUCUCCAAAUAGCCCGACUGCAUCAGGAUCAUUGGAACAAGGAAAUGAAUUAUUGUCUCAAAAUUCGACCACCUGCUCGCUUUUAAAAGAGUUUUUAAAUAAUAUUGACGUAGCUUCUGAUGACGAGGCCGAAGAUGAUGCACAUAUUGAGCAACUCAAAAAAGGAUAUUCCGAAAUUUAUGAUUGCUCAAAAAUGAUAAUUAUUUAUGAUUUUUUUAAAAUUACUCAAAAUUAAUUAUUAAAAGUGAUGAAAAUCAUAAAACUCAGAAGUGUUGGAAGCAAUAUACGAAAGCCUUCAACCAGUUUAUUUAAAGGUAAGAAACAUUUUGAAUUAACAAACAUAUUUCAGUUUAUUAUUUGAAAGGUUAUUUUAACAAUUGAUUUAAUAUAUAUAUAUAUAUAUAUAUAUAACAAAAUAAACAUUCAAUGCUCAUAUAGAAAUAUUCAAAUAUUUAAUCACACAAUAAAUAAUAAUACAUUAGAAGCAUUUAUUAUUAUUAAUUUAAAAACGUUAUAAAACCUUCUUCUAAUAUUUCUGCAAUUGAUAUAGCCGCACUCAACACAUCAGCGGAUGUAUUGGAAUUAAUAGGCGUGUUUUAUUUGACCAAUGAAAUGUGUUGGCAAUGCGGGCCAGAACUCUCAGUUGAAAUGUAAUUUAUUUCAACAAUUUAUUG